GCUGCGAUCCGCUAUCUCCCAUCAUAGAGCCAUUCUCCUAUGGGAUAAGAGCCGGGACCCCCUGUCAGCACAGCAUGCAGCCCCAGUGUGAGCCCAGCUGGGAGUGAUACCUGUAUCUCCCCACUGACAGACAGCGCUGGCUGGGGAUUUAAAGGGACCAUGUGCCCAGGACUGGCUGGCACCUCUCCCUCUUUGGCUGUGUAGAAUGGGCUGAGUGGGACCCAGUGCUGCCCAGCAUGCCCGGCUCCGUGCCCUCUCGCUGCCCCUGGGCUCUGCUUUUGCUCCUAUCCCUGGUGCCCUGGGCUCUCAACUGCCCCGUGCUGAUCCACAGCUGUAAGUGUGUCGCCGAGCGCCCCAAACCCGGGCUGGGCUCAGCUACUGCCCCCAGGAAGAAGGUGGUGUGCACCAACGAGGAGCUGCUGGAGGUGCCAGACCCUGCCCUGCUGCCCAACAGCACCGUCAGCCUAAUUUUGAGCAACAACAAAAUCAUGGUUUUGAAGAACAGCUCUUUUUAUGGACUUCAUGACCUUGAGAAACUAGACUUGAAAAACAACCUAAUCAGUCAGAUGGAGCCUGGAGCUUUCCUUGGACUGUCUGAGUUAAAACGGCUGGACAUCUCGAACAACAGAAUUGGCUGUGUGAAUCCUGCUGCCUUUCAAGGGCUAAGCAGCCUUACUCGCCUGAUCAUGUCUGGAAACAUCUUCUCCAGUCUCACUCCAGGGGUAUUUGAUGAAAUGCCCUCCCUGAAGUCCGUAGACUUUUCAACGGAGUACCUUACCUGCGACUGCCAUCUACGCUGGUUGGCAUCAUGGACAAGGAAUGGCUCAAAUCAAGUGUCAGACAGGACAUUGUGUGCUUAUCCAAGUUCUCUUAGAGACCGACCUUUGAGGAGUUUGGUGGAAAACCAGCUGAAUUGUGAAGGGACCCUUGAGCUUCAUACCCACUACUUAAUCCCAUCCCUGCGGCAAGUCGUCUUCCAGGGGGACCGUCUUCCCUUCCAAUGCACCGCAAGUUACUUAGGCAACAGCAGCCAGAUCAUCUGGUACCAUAAUGGGAAUCAGGUGGUGAGAGACGAUGAGCUUGGCAUCAUACUAGAAGAGACUAUAAUCCAUGAUUGCACCUUAAUUACCAGUGAACUCUUCCUCAACAACAUUCUUCUGUCAGCCAAUGGUGAGUGGGAGUGUAUUGUAUCUACCAAUCAUGGCAACGUCAGCAAGAAGGUAGAACUGGUGGUUCUGGAGAACUCGGCCUCAUACUGUCCAGCUGAGAGGCUGUCCAACAACAGAGGGGACUUUAGGUGGCCUCGAACAUUGGCUGGUAUAACAUCCUACCAACCCUGCCCGCCAUAUCCCUUUACUUCUAUCUCACUGAUUGAUUCAGGGAAGGAGAGAAAAGCCUCCCGCCACUGCAAUCGCACUGGGCACUGGGAAGAAGGAGAUUAUUCGAACUGUCAGUAUACCAAUGACAUCACCAACGUGCUUUACAAACUGGCCAAGAUGCACAUCAAUGCCUCCAAUGUACUAAGCUUGGCUGACCAGUUGCAGAAGUACACAGCUGAGGCUGCCAUGUUCUCUGACAUGAUGGAUGUAAUUUACGUGGCUCAGAUAAUGGAAAAGUUUGUUAAGUUGGUGGACAACGUUAAACAGUUGGCAGAGGUGAUGUUGGAGAUGGCCAGCAAUAUAAUGCAGGUAGAUGAUCACAUCCUAUGGAUGGCCCAGGUAGAAGACAAGGCCUGCAGCAGUAUUGUCCAGACAGUAGAGAAGAUUGCUGGACUAACACUUAGCAGCAACUCACAGGAUCUGUCUGUGAGCACACGCAAUAUUGCUUUAGAGGCCUACUUGAUUAAGCCAGACAGCUUUGUUGGUCUGAGCUGCACGGCCUACCAAAGAAGAGGUGGCCACCGACAGGAGACACACAGGAAAGAGCAGAAGGUAGACCCACAUACUGAACAACGGCUGAAAUUCCGCUGCACCACAGGACAAGCCAAUGUUUCCCUGCCCAACUUCCAUGUCAAGAACAGCCUUGCCCUAGCAUCUGUGCAGUUACCUCCUAGCCUCUUCAUGGCAACCUCCUCCCAAAGUUGCAAGUUACAGGUCUUAGCGUUCAGGAAUGGGAAGUUGUUCAGAAGUGUAGGAAACUCCUCUAGACUUGCAGAAGAUGGGAAAAGGCGCAGUAUCUCCACCCCUGUUAUAUAUGUUGGAACAAAAGAAUGUGGGAUUGGUAACAUUACUGACCCUGUAAAAGUUACUCUACGGCACUUGGUGAAGGGAUCUGAUCCUCUCCCAGCUCAGUGGAACUUCAAGUCUUUGGAAGGCUACGGCAGUUGGAGCUCGGAAGGUUGUCAACUUCUCUCAGAAGAGCCAAACAUAACCAGCAUGCAGUGCCACCAGCUCAAGAACUUUGCGAUCCUGACUGAGCUGAACACAUUUUCCCAAUCGACUCAAAAUGGCACUGAAGUUCUGCACCCUGUCAUCUACUCCUGCACUGCCAUCCUUCUCGUCUGCCUUUUCACCACCAUCAUUACAUAUAUAGUGAACCACAGCUCCAUCCAGAUAUCCAGAAAAGGAUGGCAUAUGCAGCUAAAUCUUUGUUUCCAUAUUGCAAUGACAUCAGCCGUAUUUGCUGGGGGAAUCAACCUGACCGGAUACCUUAUUGUAUGUCAAGCUGUCAGCAUUAUUCUCCAUUACUCUUCUUUGUCAACCUUGCUCUGGAUGGGUCUGAAGGCUAGAGUCAUUUACAAGGAGCUCACUCACAAACCUCAGCCACCGCAGGAUGGGGAAACCGUUCAGUCUCCUCAGAGGCCGAUGCUCAGGUUUUACCUGAUUGCUGGUGGAAUACCUUUGAUAAUUUGUGGAAUCACAGCUGCUGUGAACAUGAACAACUCAAGAGAGAACAGUCCUUACUGCUGUUUGGUAUGGAUGCCAAGCCUUGGUGCUUUUUAUGUCCCAGCUGCCCUUAUACUCCUCGUAACUUGGAUUUAUCUACUGUGCGCUGGAAUAAACUUAAAGCGGCAACCAACAGAACAGAAAGAUCUUCCGGAACCCGUUGAACCUCAGCAGCCACCUGGUGGCAUUAGCCACUUGUUGAGUGAUUCAAGCUCAAUAUCUGUCACCAUCAACUCUGCAUCCCCACCAGCAGAUGUAGACACAGUGUAUUCUCUGGCUGUACAGUUCUGGGCUCUAGUGAUUGUCCAUGUUCUGUAUAUUGUACUCUGGAUUUUUGGGGCUUUGGCUGUAUCACAGGAUUGGUAUUUCAAUAUAAUAUUCAGCUGCUUCUAUGGAGUCACAGCAGUUGCUCUAGGACUUUUCAUCUUCAUUCACCAUUGUGUACGACGAGAAGAUGUUCAGCGCUCCUGGUUUUCUUGCUGUCCAUCUCACACAGAACCUUUACCAAUGCAAGCAUAUGUCCACGCUGGGUCACCCGUAUAUGAUUCUCCUCAAGUCUACGCUGGAUGUAAUACAGAGGUGGCUAAUUCUGUAAAGUUGUCGUCCUCACCGAGUAGCAGCAGUAACUCUAAUAAUGGACCCUGUAAAAUCACAAACUUGCAGCUGGCCCAGAAUCAGGUGGAGAGCUGCUCACCCAAACCAGCCAGCUGUGAAGAUAGUGAACCUGCCAAUAACAAAAAUGUAACUGUACCCAGCAGGUACAUGAAUAACCUUCAUGGGCGCAGGAAUCAUAAGAGCAGAAGCAAACAGUACAGAGAGGGGAAACACCAUAGGUUAAAAGUCCUGCGUGGCCCCACUUCAGAACAGCCUUCUAGUGAGAGUGGCAGCAUCCAUAACAGCCAUUCAGAAAGCUACAACAGCAGGAAUAGCCCUUUAAACAAUGGAAGGACUGGGGGAGAAGCUAGGGAUCCAGAAGGAGGCUUGACUCAGUCUGAAGGGAGUGAUAGCAGUGGACACCCGACACAGGACUUUGCCAAGGCCCAGAGGAAAAGUGAAAGUCGUGACAACCUUAAACAAGCUAACAGCAUGGAAAGAGAGACCAAACGCAGAUCAUACCCACUUAACACUGCGAACCAGAAUGGUGUCCUUAAGGGUAGCAAAUAUGACAUCAAUCUUGCAACUACAGAGACUUCAGCAACCAUGAAGACAGGCCUCUGGAAAAGUGAAACUACUGUGUAGUUUGUACAUAGGCAUUAAUGGCAGGUGCCUUAAAUGUCAUAUACAGAAGUGACUCCACAGUACACCUCAACAUAUGCUAGGAAAAGAGGCUCUCCCCAGCCACAGCUUGGGCUUAAACAUUGGUUGGUGGAGAUGACUUGGUUCCUCAUAACAGGGAAGAUGUGCCAAGGUGUAUUUGGUUGUAUAAGGGAAAAGAGCACACAGAUGUACACCAAUUUUCAGUUAUUGGUUUGAUGUCUGUGACUUUUGCUUGAAUGAAUGUUAUCAAUAUUUCAGAUAAUUAAUGUAAACACAUGAAGGAUCUCAUUUAGUAGAUUCGUUACAGCUCUGACUUCAGUCCAGCUGAGAACACGUGUUUUUUUUAGCUUGGAAAGUACUUCAGUCUCAAUUUGCAUCAUGCAAACCUCCAGAAUUAUUACACAUAUAUAUUUCAAUGGUCUAUGCAACAAUACUGGUGACCACAUUCCCAUUUGGAGUCUAGUUACUAUCAUGCAUUCACCCUUUUCUUGUUAUGGCAUGAUUAAAAAGUCCUCGGUCUCGUCAUGAACACAAGUGCCUUGUGAUAAACUAACCUGGUCUUCUUUUUGAGCACUAGUAACAGAAUCCCUUCUUCAAAAAAAUCUCAAAGAAACUACUUGUUAUACACUGCUACUUGUCAAAACCCUAACUUUUUUUUUUAAUGUCCUCAAAUUGCUUUGGGUCCAAUGUCCGUGGAGCUCUUUAAUUAGCUCUAUGAGUAAUGUUCCAGGGAUGUGUAUUUUUCUUCAUCAAUGAAUUCCACAUCUAGAUGAAUAAACCUAGUGCCUAAAUCUAGUUGUGUAUAAAGACAAAUGACUGACUAGGGAACAAAUAUGCAAAUGUGUGCACCUUGGUACUAUCCACACAGACAAUGUUUAUGUUUAUCACAGGCAGAGAUUCUUGUUCUUAAAUCACCUCUGCAUGGUCUAUGCGUAUUUUGUUAUAAAAGAGUAAAAUGUUUAUUUUUCAAA